AUAUUGCACAUUUGCACCGUGCAAUAAUGGAGUUAUAGUUUCCUAGUGAACGGCAUCUUGGCCAGAUCACCUGCGCUUGCAGUAUAUUAUCGAGUUUAUAAGUAAAGUAGCCUCACUUAGUUCGGGACGAUAAAAUACAAUUUGAAGCUGCAGUUAACUGCGUAAGCAGUUGCGAACAUCAGGAACGAUGCCGCCGACAAUCCAGAACGGCGCAGCCGACAAGCGCGGCGCGGCGAGACCGACGGAAAAGAGAUUGGAGCUGAUUUGUAAGGUCAAAUACUGCAACACCCUGCCGGACAUCGCUUUUGAUCCGAAGUUUAUUAGCUACCCCUUUGAAUCCACAAGGUUCAUUCAGUACAAUCCCACAUCGCUAGAGCGCAACCACAAAUAUGAAGUGCUUACUGAACAUGAUUUGGGAGUGCCAAUUGACCUUAUUAAUAGGGACACAUAUGCCUGUGAUCCCAAGAUCCCAUAUGAGAUGGAUCCGUUAGAUGAAAAGUUACUGGAAGAAGAUGUGAUCACACAGCAAGAUUCAAAAAGAUCCAAGCAUCACGCCAAGAGUGUGUCCUGGCUCAGGCGCACUGAGUAUAUCUCCACAGAACAAACCCGCUUCCAGCCGCAAACUACUUCAGACAAAGUGGAAGCCAAGGUUGGGCAUAAUAUUAAAAAACACUUCAAGGAAGAGACAUUGUACAUGGAUAGGGAUUCUCAAAUUCGAGCUAUUGAGAAGACAUUCGAAGACAAUAAGAAGCCUAUUGAAAGGCACUACAGUAAACCAAACGUUACGCCAGUAGAAGUCUUUCCUGUUUAUCCAGACUUCAAGAUAUGGAAAUAUCCUUGUGCACAAGUUAUAUUCGAUUCUGACCCAGCUCCCAUGGGACUGUCUAUGCCGGCACAGAUUGAGGAAAUGUCACAGGCUAUGAUUAGGGGUGUGAUGGACGAAAGUGGAGAGCAAUUCGUGGCUUACUUCCUACCUUUGGAAGAGACUUUGGAAAAGAGAAAGAGGGACUUUUGCUCAGGAAUCGAUUAUGCCGACGAAGACGAGUACGAAUACAAAAUGGCCCGAGAAUACAAUUGGAACGUCAAGAGUAAAGCUUCUAAAGGUUACGAAGAGAAUUAUUUCCUGGUUAUGCGCGAAGAUGGAGUUUAUUACAAUGAGUUGGAAACUCGCGUCAGACUGAGCAAACGAAGACAAAAAGUUGGCGCACCUGUUAACAAUACGAGAUUGGUAGUACGCCAUCGACCGCUGAAUGCAAAUGAAUUCAAGAUGCAGAGGUUCCGCGAGAAGCAACUUGAGCCUCCCUGCGAGGACGAUGAAGAAGAGGAAGAGGAGGAAGAAGAGGAGGAAGCAGAGACUCAAAAGACCGAGGAGAAAAAUGAAGAAAAAGAAGGCUCCGUUAAUGAAGAAAAUGAGGAAAAAGAGGAUAAAGAAAACGGCUCGCGUGCUUCAUCCCGAGCCUCCUCUCGUGCCUCCAGCCGCAAGUCCCGCUCCAAAUCUGCAUCGCCUUCCAAGUCCAGAUCUCGAUCUCCGUCCAAGGCUCGUUCGACACGUUCAGUCCGCUCGGCACGCUCCGAACGCAGUCAGUCAAAGUCCCAAUCUCGUUCACGAUCCCGUUCACGUUCCCAGUCCGGAUCGCGCUCAAGAUCUGGUUCUCCUGCCAAGUCGGAGUCACGCUCUAGAUCGGGCUCGCCCGCCAAGUCCGCUGCCUCGCGGUCUAGGUCAGGUUCCCCGGCUGGCUCCCGCUCAAGAUCAGGUUCUCCGGCCAAAUCAAGAUCAAAAUCAAGGUCGAAAUCGAGGUCGCCCUCGGGUAGUGAGGCUGGAAGUGGCAGCGAUGGAGAGGGAAGUGGUAGCGGAAGCGGCAGCGGAAGUGGAAGUGGCAGCGACAGUGGGUCUGACAGCGAGUAAAUGGAGAAUAGUUUUAGUGCACUAGGACGCUAAGUUGUAAAAGUGCGCUGUGCAAGUUGUAAAUAUUGUCCGCGAUUUUGUACGAUCAAAGAGGAAAUACUGUUGUAAAACUAAAAUGAACUAUUUUUUUAUCUCGUUGAUUGUGGUGAACACUGUAUAUGUUAAGUUGUAUAAUACUGACUCUUUAAGUACUUGAACUAAUAAUUACUUAUGAUUUAUAUUA